AUGAAGCCCUGCGGCGGUGCAGCAUCCAUGCAGCAUCUUGCCGGAAGUGGCUGUAACAACAAUAGUGCAUCAUCAUCGCCUAGCAACGAAGAUAACGACAGCAGAUGCGGCAGCAGCAUCCAACACAGUAACAGAUGCAUGCGACAUCGUAGUAACGUUAGCGGCAUGGCACGCUGGAAUUUAAUCGUAUGCAUGGCGCCGCUGUUUUCGCUAAUGUUUACAAAAUGUUAUGCCAGUCAAGUGCUCGAGUUUAUGGUGGAACCGUCGGACGUGACGGUACCGGAAGGUAAUUCGGUUAUGUUGCAGUGUGCCGGCAAUGCGGAUCGGAAGGUGCUGCAGGAUGGCAAAAAAGCCCCCAACAUUCGGUGGCGUGGCCCCGACGGACAAGACAUUGGCAUCGUCGGUGAUACGUUCCGGUCGCAGCUGACCAACGGGUCGCUGUACAUUAGCUCCGUGGAGAGCAAUCGUGGACUGACCGGGUUUUACCACUGUCUGCUCAGCGUGGACGGUAUCGGUACGAUCGUAAGCCGAUCGGCACGUGUCUCGAUAGCAGAUCUACCGGACAUAAACCAGGAAUCGCACGAAAUCUAUCUGUACACUGGCCAAACGGCAUACUUCAAGUGCAUGUCCAGCCUGCUACCUUACAGUGUUGAAUCUCGCUACCACACCGAAUGGCUGAAGGAUGAUGUACCGCUGCGGAUGGAUUUGACGCGAAUGCUGCUGCUUCCCUCCGGUGCGUUGGAAAUUGAUGAAGUUGUCCCGGCGGACCGUGGCACCUACCAGUGCAACGUGACCGCGGGCACAUUCUCGCGGUUGAGCAGCAAAUCGAACCUCAACAUCAAGUCCACGGCCGGCCAGCCCCAAAGUUUCGCCCCACCCGCCUUCGUGAUCGUGCCGCAACCGCAGACGGUACGCGAGGGCGACACCGUCAUACUGGACUGUGCCGCCAACGGCAAUCCCAAGCCAACGAUUCGAUGGCUCCGAAACGGGGAAGACAUCGACAUGAACGAUCUGGACUCGCGGUUCCGCAUCAUGGGCACGGGUUCGCUGCAGAUCAAUUCGAUCCAGGACACAGACGCGGGUGACUAUCAGUGCCGGGCAAGCAAUACGGAAGAUUCGCUGGAUGCGUCCGCAACGGUACAGGUGCAGGUGCCACCAAAGUUCAUCCUCAGCCCGGAAGAUAAGGUCGCGUAUGAGAAGGAGGAGCUGGAGCUGGCCUGUUCCAUCCAUGGCAAACCGACGCCCGUGAUUCAAUGGUUGAAAAAUGGCGACCUGAUAACGCCUAGCGAGUACAUGCAGAUUGUUGGAGGACACAAUUUGAAAAUUUUCGGUCUGAUCGGUUCAGACGCGGGAAUGUUUCAGUGCAUCGGAACGAAUCCGGCAGGAAGUGUGCAGGCGGCAGCCCGUCUGGAAAUAAUCGAACCAGGUCUGCCGAAACGACACAAGGGCAAAAAAUUUCAGCAGACGCAAUCGAAAACGAAAUCGUACGAAAAAUCACCACUGCUGCUGCAGUCCGAUCCCAAACUAUCGAAAUCGGUACUGGACAGUUUGGUGUCGCGGACGAAGGAGCGGCCAAACUUAGACCGGCAUCAGUUUCAGUACAACGAAUAUACCGACGAUGACUAUGCCGAUCACGACCGCAUGCUUGACAGUGACCAUGAUGAUGACGAUGACGAUGAGGACGAUGACGAGGAGGACGGGAAAAUCUAUGCGCUGCGACCGAACGAGGACCCGAACAAACUCUACCAAUCGUUGACCGGUUCGAAGUCCCGGGAGGAUGGUGAGGUUGGCCAUUUCUCUAAUCAGAAGUCUCCCAUUAAUGCUGUCACGCGGAAAUACUCGAAAUCGUACGUAGAUGGAAGUGGAAAAUUUGCUGCCCCGUUGCCGGGACCGCCGCGCGCCCUCCAGGCCCAGAUAGUGCAGUCACGCUUCAUUACGCUCAACUGGCUGGAACCGGCAAAGAAUCCCGAUGAGGUUAUCUCCUACUCGGUGUAUUACCGCAUGCACACCAGCGAUAGAGAGCGCAAGAUGACCACGAAUUCGCGUGAUGAGCAGGAAAUCAAUAUUCAAUCGUUGCAACCUGGUAAAAAUUAUCACUUCCGGGUGGUAGGCAACAGCAAUCACGGUGCGGGAGAAUCAUCCGAGACACUGGAAGUGCGUACAUUGUCCGAGGAGAAUAUAGCCGGUGCACCGCAGAAUCUGCGUGGAUUUGCCAUCACCGAGAAGGAUAUCCACCUGCAAUGGGAUCCACCAGCGGUGACAAACGGGUUGAUUACGAAAUAUCGCGUGUACUAUGCUGAAACUGACAACGGGGCUGAGAUGUACUCCGACACCACCACCACGGAGAUUAUCAUCAACGAAUUGCGCCCGUACACCAAGUACACCAUGUAUGUGGUUCCCUUCAAUCAGGCAGGAAUGGGCGAUCCAUCGCACGAGAUAGACGUGAAAACAUAUUCUUCUACUCCAUCGGAACCGCCGGCAAAUGUGACGCUGGAACAGACAAGCUCCACCGUAGCGAUCCGAUGGGAACCACCAGCGUUAGAGGAUCGCAAUGGACAGAUCACAGGGUACAAAAUCAAGUACCGCAAGAACAAAAAACCACUGCAGGUUGAGACGACCCCAGCCAACGUGCGAUACUACAUAUUGAAGGAUCUGGACAAGAUGUCUGCCUAUCAGGUGAAGAUCGCUGCCAUGACGGUAAACGGAACUGGACCAUUCACCGAAUGGCAUCACACGGAAACGUACGCGAACGAUCUGGACGAAUCGCAAGUUCCUGGUCAACCGGCGUGGAUAAAGACCCGACCUGGAGCGGAUAACAUAACGGUCUUCUGGGGACCUCCGGCACAUCAAGAGAUUAAAGUGCGCAGUUACAUCCUUGGCUGGGGCAAAGGUAUCCCAGAUGAGGAAACGGCUGAAAUAGAGGAGAGGAUACGACAGUUCGAAAUCACCAAUCUGGAACCGAACAGCGAAUACGUCAUUUCGUUGCGUGCCCGUAAUUCAAUGGGAGACGGUGCUCCGAAGUACGACACGGUACGUACCCGGGAAGAUGCCCCAGUCGAAGCUCCAACACCGUUAGAAGUGCCGGUCGGAUUGCGCGCAAUUCCCAUGUCCGGAACAUCGAUUGUAGUGUAUUGGACAGACACGACACUUAGUAAAAGCCAGCACGUAUCUGACAAUCGGUACUACGUCGUACGGUACAGCCCAAAUGGGUCUAACCGCUACCGCUAUCACAACGCGACCCUUCUGAGCAGCAUGAUCGGUGAUUUACGUCCGAACACGCAGUACGAGUUCGCCGUGAAGGUAGUGAAAGGGCACCGCCAAUCGGCCUGGUCUAUGUCGGUGCUGAACACCACUCAGCAAGCAUCACCCGUAUCACCUCCGCGAGAUUUGGAGGUGACUUUCGAUCCGCGUAAUCCUCUCACCGCCAUACUGAGCUGGCUUUCACCGCGACAUGUGAGCGGGCCAAUCGCGGGCUAUCAGGUGCUGUACACAACCGACAACGAAAAGCGCGAUCGGGAUUGGAACAUUGAAGCAACGACCGGAGAACAUACGUCCGCGGAGAUCGUAAACCUAGAACCGCACACAACAUAUUAUUUCAAAGUGCAGACGCGUCACUCGAAAGGUUUGGGUCCGUUCUCGGCGAUGGUUUCUUUGAAAACUGGCGCUGAGAUCGAUUCGAGUGGGAAUCUUACGCUAGAGAAAUCUAUCUCAUCCGAGCUCAUAUACAUCACGGCGGGAUUUGCGGCUAUGGCCGGUCUGACGGCGAUUGGAAUUUUGGUGUUGAGGUGCCGUAGGAAGGGGCCCGAAGACACGCCGGAGCAUGCGAAGAAAAGCUAUCAGAAGAAUAAUGCGGGAAUCAUUAAACCGCCCGACCUAUGGAUACAUCACGAUCAGAUGGAGCUGAAGAAUAUGGACAAAAGCAAUCAUAGUACGACCCCCGGCUCGGUAGAUGGAGGAGCGUCUAGCAGUGGUACGAUGACACUGCCCCGGUCUGUCGGUGGACACGAUUACGAUAGCGAAACUCCAAUCACCCACGUUACCAACUCGCUCGAUAAGCGAAAUUAUGUGCCUGGGUAUAAUGGAAACACAACGUCCCUCAGCUCGACAAUGGAGCGACCCCAGUACCCACGGACACAGUACAGCAUGGCCGCCAGACCGCAUAUAGCGAUGGAUCAGCAGACACUUUCACAGCAGAAUCUUCUUCAGCAGCCUCCACAAUUGCCGCCGGCAAAUCCUCUCGCACAGACACCAGAAAACCCGUACACUUACGACAGUAGUUAUAGCCCAAAUGUUACCUACGCUCAAGGUAUAGCGAUAGAUGCCCCGAAACGGGGACAAGGACAUCCAUUGAAAAGUUUCAGCGUACCUGCACCACCCGCAUCCACACCCAUCAUCAGUGGCCAGGGUAAACAUGGCACUCCAACGCCCGCAGUCACGAUACGCCCACAGAAUUCAUCGCCCUACAAAAAACCAUCUCUCUCAUCCGGUUCACUGACCAAUCGACUGCAGACUGGACCGGUAGUUGCACACUCGAAUGAUGAAAUCCAACGAUUGGCACCGUCCACUUCCACCGAGGAGCUGAACCAGGAGAUGGCCAAUCUCGAGGGCCUGAUGAAAGAUCUGAGUGCAAUCACAGCGAACGAGUUUGAGUGCUAG